UACAGUUUUGUGGCUGCUACUACGCUUUAAAUAAUUAUUAAAUAUAUGAAUAACAAUCUGUACAUUAAAUUAGGUUACAUUAUAAAAAGUUGAUAAUACUUAAGUGGAAAUAAAAUAAAAAAGUCAAUGGAUUUGAUUUGAUGUUCAUGAACAAAAAUAAUAAAUAAAAAAUAUUCAAUGCCACAACAUAUUAGCAAUUUUUGUAAUAUUGAUGAUUGGUGUCACUUCUACGAACGUCCGUUAAAAAAAAGAACUAACUUUAUGAGAAAAGGUUUAUUAGAACUUAACGCAUCCUACGGGAUUUUUGGAUAUCUUAUUUUACUGUCAAUGUUAUUAUUAGCCAAUGCGUUGCCUCCAGUUAUUCGAGUUGGCGCUAUAUUUACUGAAGAUGAACGCGAUAGUAACAUUGAAUCAGCUUUUAAAUAUGCAAUUUAUCGCAUCAAUAAGGACAAAUCGCUGCUACCUAAUACUCAACUCGUAUAUGAUAUUGAGCAUGUGCCUCGUGAUGAUUCCUUCCGGACAACAAAAAAAGUUUGCCGACAUUUGGAAACUGGAGUUCAAGCGAUUUUUGGACCAACAGAUCCACUUCUAGCUGCUCAUGUGCAAUCAAUUUGUGAAGCUUUUGAUAUACCGCAUAUUGAAGCUCGCCUUGAUUUAGAAAUGAACGUCAAAGAGUUUGCUAUUAAUUUGUAUCCAUCUCAACACAUUAUGAAUAUGGCCUAUCGAGACUUUAUGAUGUAUUUAAACUGGACAAAAGUUGCACUUAUCUACGAAGACGAUUAUGGUCUCUUUAAGCAACAGGACCUAAUUCACUCAUCUGCAGAGAUGAAAACGGAAAUGUAUAUAAGGCAAGCAAAUCCGGAGACCUAUCGCCAAGUCCUACGGGCAAUUCGCCAAAAGGAAAUUUAUAAAAUCGUUGUUGAUACAAAUCCAACUAAUAUCAAAACUUUUUUUCGAUCAAUAUUACAGCUGCAAAUGAACGAUCAUCGAUAUCAUUAUAUGUUUACAACCUUUGACUUGGAGACAUAUGACCUUGAGGAUUUCAGAUAUAACAGUGUCAAUAUUACAGCUUUCCGCUUAGUUGACGUGGGAAGCAAACGCUAUCAGGAGGUUAUAAAUCAAAUGCAAAAUAUUCAGCAUAGUGGAUUAAACGUGAUCAAUGGGAUGCCGUAUAUUCAAGCGGACUCCGCACUAAUGUUCGAUUCAGUAUAUGCGUUUGCCUACGGCUUGAAAAGAUUGGAUAGCAGUCACACGUUGACUUUCACAAAUAUUUCAUGCAACUCUGAUAAGACUUGGGGUGAUGGACUUUCGCUAUAUAAUUAUAUUAAUUCGGCUGCAGUUGAUGGCCUAACAGGAAAAGUCAAUUUUAUCGAAGGUCGACGGAAUAAAUUUAAAAUUGAUAUACUUAAAUUAAAGCAAGAAAUAAUACAAAAGGUUGGUUAUUGGCAACCAGAUGUCGGAGUAAACAUUUCAGAUCCAACCGCAUUUUAUGACUCGAAUAUUGCAAACAUUACUUUGAUAGUCAUGACACGAGAGGAACGUCCAUAUGUAAUGGUUAAAGAUGAUGCAAAUUUAACAGGAAAUGCUCGAUUCGAGGGAUUUUGCAUAGAUUUACUAAAAGCAAUAGCACAGCAGGUUGGUUUUCAAUAUAAAAUUGAAUUAGUUCCCGAUAACAUGUAUGGUGUGUACAUACCGGAAACAAAUUCGUGGAAUGGGAUUGUACAAGAGUUAAUGGAAAGGCGCGCUGACUUAGCUGUCGCCUCCAUGACAAUUAACUAUGCCCGUGAAAGUGUAAUUGACUUUACUAAACCAUUUAUGAAUUUGGGAAUAGGAAUUCUUUUCAAGGUUCCUACAAGUCAACCGACACGGCUGUUUUCUUUUAUGAACCCAUUGGCAAUUGAGAUAUGGCUUUAUGUGCUAGCUGCUUACAUAUUAGUAUCAUUUGCCCUAUUUGUGAUGGCUCGAUUUUCACCUUAUGAAUGGAAAAAUCCACAUCCAUGCUAUAAAGAAACUGAUAUUGUUGAAAAUCAGUUUUCAAUAUCAAACAGUUUUUGGUUUAUAACUGGCACUUUUUUACGACAAGGAUCUGGGCUGAACCCAAAGGCGACAUCAACACGAAUUGUCGGCGGAUGUUGGUUUUUCUUUUGUUUGAUUAUUAUAUCGUCCUAUACAGCCAACUUGGCAGCUUUUUUAACAGUUGAACGGAUGAUAACUCCAAUAGAGAGUGCAUCUGACUUAGCAGAUCAAACUGAAAUAUCAUAUGGAACCUUGGAAGGUGGAUCCACAAUGACAUUUUUUCGGGAUUCUAAAAUUGGUAUUUAUCAAAAAAUGUGGAGAUAUAUGGAAAACAGAAAAUCAUCUGUGUUUGUAAAAACAUAUGAAGAUGGAAUCAAACGCGUUAUGGAGGGCAAUUAUGCUUUUCUUAUGGAGUCAACAAUGUUAGAUUAUGCUGUGCAGCGGGAUUGUAAUUUGACACAGAUUGGAGGACUACUCGAUUCUAAAGGUUAUGGUAUUGCAACACCUAAAGGGUCGCCAUGGAGGGAUAAAAUUUCAUUAGCUAUUUUGGAACUUCAAGAGAAGGGUAUUAUUCAAAUCCUAUACGAUAAAUGGUGGAAAAAUACUGGAGAUGUAUGUAAUAGAGAUGACAAAAGUAAAGAAUCUAAAGCAAAUGCUUUGGGUGUUGAAAAUAUUGGUGGUGUGUUUGUUGUUCUUCUCUGUGGUCUUGCACUUGCUGUUGUUGUUGCUAUAUUUGAAUUUUGUUGGAACUCGAAGAAAAACUUACAUACCGAUAAUCAAUCUCUGUGUUCGGAAAUGGCCGAAGAACUGCGUUUCGCUAUGCACUGCCAAGGGUCCAAGUCCAAACAAAAGCCAUCACUAAAACGUGAUUGUUUAAAGUGUGUUCCACCUUCGACAUAUGUUCCGACUAAUGUAAAUUUACAAAAUUUGGGCGUACAUUACAACUACUUUAAUUAAGAUUGCUGCCGAAAACUUGAAGCAAUAUACAUAUAUAUAUAUAUAUAUAUAU